GUUUCUAUUAACACAAUGUGUGCUGUACAGUUUUUAUAUAUUAAAGAGUUUGAAAGAUUAGUUGACAUACUAGUUGUUAAUGAUGAUUUCUCAGUAUUUUUGGCUGCGGCUAUUCGCAAUWAGGCAUAUAUAAGGAUAACCAUCUCUCACCACGAUWAAAAGCUGUUAGGUGCAUCGACAGACGACUACAAACAGUCAGAUCUGACCAAGAUGUAUAAAGGUUUACUCGUCAUGUUGGUAGUAUUUCUUGCUGUAGUGACGUCAGCYAUUGACAGCAACGAUGUCCCGGAUGACAAGCCAGCCCUUGACAAGCGACGAUAUUGUCAUGACAAGUACACUAAUUGUGAAGAUUUGCGUAGUUGGUGUCAUAAACUAGAUUGGGUCAAGGAAGACUGCCAUCAGACCUGCUCYGGAUGUGGARGAAAACCCAGCAAGCCAAAUCCUAAACCAACACCGCUCCCGAAAGGCGUCUCUUCGGUAUCUGUUAAGGUCAAGGAAUGUCUACAAGCCCACAAUGCCUAUCGCGCCCGCCAUGGUUCACCUCCWSUGCAAUGGGAUUCGACUUUGGCUCGUGAAGCAGAAAAAUGGGCUUUAAACUUAGCAAAACAGAAACGAAUAUUUCAUGACAAACGAAUUUUUGGAAAAAUCGGGGAGAAUGUCGGGUACACAAGCGGCUGGGGGUCCAAUCCAUAUGGUUGUCAAGAAGCCACAAGGCGCUGGUAUAGUGAGGAGAAAAACUACUCGUACAAGCAYCCAAGCACUCGUUCAACACCAGAGUAUACAGAUUUUACUCAGAUUGUGUGGAAGGCUUCAAAACGUCUUGGUGUCGGUAUUGCUAAAAACGAUGACUACGUUGUCGUUGUGGSUCGCUACAACCCUGCAGGAAAUAUGGGCUUCGCAGAAAACUGGCGUAAAAAUAUCAAGAGCCCAAGACGUGCCUAAGAAAGCUUUAUUAAUAAACUAAAUUAUUAAAGGAGAUCUAACACUUUACUCGCCA